CCAAAGUCUUUUUUUUUUAGCCGUCGCAAUAAUUCGUAAUUUUGAUGAUUAGUUAGGUUAGGCAUUUUGUGGAGAGCAUUGACUCGUGUCCCUGUUUUGUGUGUGCAUAAAGUGACGAUCUUAAAAUUCGGAAUUAACCAGAAAAACACCGAUUUUUAAGUGAAUUUGUUGAAAAUAAAUUUCCAGAAGACACACGUCAAGAUGAACUUCCUACAAAGAGUACAAGGAUUAUUUCAGUCAACUAAUUAUAAUAUGGAUCCUGCUCAGAAUCCGUAUUUUGAUCCAUAUAAUAAUACUCCAGGAUAUUACCAAGGAAAUGGCGAUACCUUUCAUGAAAAUCCACUUCAAUGGAACGGUCAGCCACAAAUGAUUCCAAAUUAUCAGCUUUCUGAUACGAAUGAAAAUUAUCACAACGUUAGUUUCGACCAAUUUCAAUUUCUUGGCGAAAACUACUAUACAUCUUUCGAUGAAAAUGAUCAAGGCUCGAACAAUAAACGAGCACUCGAAUAUUACGAUGACGAUGACAUAAACUUCGUUCCGAAUGCAGCUAAAAGGCAAAGAUUAUCUGAACCGAGCAUUCAAUACGCUAUGAAAAAGUCCAGCGAUUAUGCCAACCCCAUGAGGAAGGCAUUGGAUUUAUUGUUUGAGUCAGAGAUAACUGCUGAUGGAUGGGAAAAAAUCGACAAUCGAAUCAAGUACCACAUUUCAAUUCGAGGUGUAACUUACUACCAAUGGGGUAGUUCAGUUGAAAUAACAAAAGAAAGUGCUGCUGAAACAGCUCUUAAAAGUCUUGCUGGCUUCAAACUUCAACAAAUAUCUUGGCCGCCCCAAUUAUUACCAUUUCGGCUGGAACAACCUUUUGCCGAUUCAAUUGAAAUACUUGUAAAAAGCAAGUUCAAUGAACUUAUGAGAAACAAUGUUCAAUACAAAGCCCACAAAGUGCUUUCUGGAAUCGUAAUGACUAAUGGAAUGUCGGUUAAUGAUGCUACGGUGGUCGCUGUUGGUACUGGAACGAAAUGCUUUGCAGAUAAACUUAAAGACAAAAAUGGCAGAGUUUUGCAUGACAUGCACGCAGAGGUGUUGGUUAGACGAAGCUUCGUUUGUUUCUUAUACCGAGAACUCCUAUCGAUGUUAGAAAUGAAACCAUCGAUAUUUGUUAUGAGUGGGAAAGAGAUUCAAUUGAAAGCAGAAGUGAAAUUUCAUUUGUAUGUGAACACGAUACCUUGUGGUGAUGCUAGAGUGUUCAGCUUAAAGGGAUGUGCUCAGCUGAAAAAAAUGGCUAGACAGGGAACACUGCGGACGAAAAAAAUUGGUGGGACGGAUAACCUUUCCGAGACCAACGCUCAACGGAUAAAAUCGAUGUCAUGCUCAGACAAAAUGGCCCGAUGGAACAUACUUGGCUUACAGGGUGCAGCUCUAUCCAAAUACAUCAAACCGAUUUACUUAGAAUCGAUCGUCCUGGGCAGCAGUUAUGUGCCAUUCCACUUACAUCGAGCUAUGUUCGGACGGUUGGAAAAAUCGCCGGUAGCAAAUCUAAAUUCAACCGAUGGAUAUCGACUGAACACACCAAAAUUCGAAUCCACAUUCGUGAUGGAAAUUUCGAAUUUUGCUUCGUGUGAAGAUUAUGGCGUUUGUUGGAGCAUGGGACGAGGCGCAGAGAUAAUCGAUCUGAAUACUGGGUUGAAGAAGAACGGCAAGGCGUCACAAGUGUCACGGAGUGCAUUCAGGUAUAUGUUCCAUGACAUCGAUGAAAAGCUAACCCAUUGGUCGGCCGAAGGGAUUGAGAAAUAUAAUGAGGUGAAGAAAAUGUUUUACGACGCUCUUAAAGCACAAAAUUUUGGUGCCUGGGACACCAAGUUAAACUGAGAUUAAGUUCGUGUAUGAUCUAAGUACACAAUUCACAAGUUCCUAUUCCCAUGUAUUAGAAUAGUUUUGAAUACUUUUUUUUCAUUAUUUUAAAUGUUUUCGAAUAUUGUAACAAACACAUUGGUUUCGUCUUUGUGCAGACAUUUUUCCAUUCCUUAAUUUACUAUAAAUCGACUGAUUGAAAGACAAAUAAAAUACUUUUGAACAAA